GCCGGAGGAGGAGCCCCCCUCCCCCCCCGCGCUCGCCCCGCCGCCCGCGGCUGCCGCGCCGCACCGGCCAUGGCCCGGGACUACGAUCAUCUCUUCAAGCUGCUCAUCAUCGGCGACAGCGGUGUGGGCAAGAGCAGUUUGCUGUUGCGUUUUGCAGAUAAUACAUUCUCAGGUAGCUACAUUACCACAAUUGGAGUGGAUUUUAAAAUCCGGACUGUUGAGAUUAAUGGAGAGAAAGUGAAGCUACAGAUCUGGGACACAGCUGGACAAGAGCGUUUCCGGACUAUCACAUCAACGUAUUACAGAGGAACGCACGGCGUCAUUGUUGUCUAUGAUGUAACCAGUGCAGAAUCUUUUGUGAAUGUAAAACGAUGGUUGCAUGAAAUUAAUCAAAACUGUGAUGAUGUCUGCCGGAUACUAGUGGGGAAUAAGAAUGAUGACCCAGAACGAAAAGUAGUAGAGACAGAAGAUGCUUAUAAAUUUGCUGGGCAGAUGGAGAUCCAAUUGUUUGAGACCAGCGCCAAAGAAAAUAUUAAUGUGGAAGAGAUGUUUAAUUGCAUUACAGAGCUAGUUCUGCGAGCAAAGAAAGAAAACUUAGCAAAGCAGCAACAGCAGCAACAGAACGAUGUGGUGAAGCUAACGAAGAACAGUAAACGGAAGAAGCGGUGCUGCUAAUGCCCUUACCCUGCUGCAGAGACUCUGCUCUCAGACAGAUCAGCCCCUCCAACUAGACUCGGGCAAUUCCACUGGGGCAGGCUUUGGGAGGACUUUCUCAGUUUUGUGCCGUUAUUUAAAGAUUAUUUUUUUUUCUCCAUGUUUUCUAUCAAGAGGCGCUGGCACCUUACCACUUCAGUGCCAAGAAGGUAUCGGAUGGAAUCUUGCCCCUCUCUCCUCCCCUGCUCAUUCCAGUGCGCCUUGUAGACAAGAAAGGACGUUGCCUACCAAGUGGACUAAUUAACCCAAGAGUUUGUAUAUAAUGUAUAUUGCUUUAACCAGCCUCGCCUCCCUGUUGUUGCUUUGGCUUAUGCCUUCUUAAUGUCAACCAAUCAUGGACUGCAGAAUCCAUCUUUUUAAAAGAAAUAGUACAAAGUUAACUCAAGUUGGCCCCAGGCUGGCAGCAGCUGCUUCCCUGGGGCUUUCAGCUUCAUUUCUUUCAGGCUCCAGGCUGGCAACUGGUGCCCCUGGGGCCUGUGGCUUCAUUUUGAGUUCCAGGCUUUUACUGGGGCUCAGGCUUUGUUUUCCUAGGUACCAGGAUUGCAGGUGUUGCUGCUGGAGCCUGGGGUUUCACUUCACCAGCCCCUGGGCUGGCAGCUGCUGCUGCUGCUGGGGCCUUGAACUUCAGUUUGCCAUGAUUCAGGUUUGUGGCUGGAUCCUUGGGUUUCACCUUGUGCUGCAGCCCAGCUGUACCUGUGCUCUCCUUUAGUUUCUAUCAAAAUUGAAAAACAUACCAACCUGCAGAAGUGGGAUUUAUUUGGAUUAAACUUUUUAAAAAAAAGAAACAAAACUAAACUCCUCUGACCUUUGCCUCUGGUCCUGCCAGGGUCCUAAGUGAGAGUUCAUUUCUCCUGAACAAGAAAAAAAUGAUUCUGCCAAAAAAAAAAAAAAAUCUUCUCCUCAAUGCCAUGUCCACUAUUAGGAGAUCUGAACUUGAAUGUGAAUUUUGGUGGCAAAACUUUCUUUCUGUGAGGGAGAGGGAGAGAGAAGGCAUGAGAAUGAAUUUGGCUGUUCUGGAUUGAUGUCUCUAUGUGAAAGCUGCUGCAGGAUCAUUCCUAGAAUUCUCCUAUUAGAAAGGAGGACUGUUCAUUAACAUAAAGAAAUGGAAAGCUUGCUUGCUUGGGUUAUGUGGUGGUGAAGGAUCAUCUACGGAAACAAACUCUGGUCUUGUUAUACUCAACAACGUUUUCCUGGGCCUUGUUGGCCUUUCUGGGAAAACCAAGGCUCAGUUCAUCAGUCUGAAUAGGUAUGGUUAAAGGUGGAGAGUGUAUGUGUGCAUAAGUAAAAUAUCAAAUGUCUGGGCUGAAAAGUACAUGCUCAGCACCUGAAUAACUACCUAUACAAUAAUAAAACAGAAUUUCUUCUUAAAAUGACUGAAAGACAUGGAGGGUAUGGCUUCCUUUAAGACCCUGAGGAUGGAUGUUUUCAGUUUCAAUAUGUAGUCUUAUGGAAUUGAUGGCCUUAGUUUGGUAGGAUAUGUUUCACUGAUGUCCAUGAGCUUUGAAUCAGUCCACUUUUUUCCCCUUUUCUCCCCAAGGAGAGGCUAAAUUUUAGUCACUUACUUUGCCUGUGUGUGUUUUUGUCUUUCUUUUUUUUUUUUAAAGAUACUUAUGGGUGUGGUAAAAGCCCUAAGCAAACAAUCACAUCAUGGUCAAUCACUUCAAAGACAUUUUUAAAAUGCAAAUAAUGAAUGUGUAACACGUUUUUAAUCAGUUCAGCUGCUGGGAAUAUGUAUCCAGCUGCCUUCACCCGUUUCUUCACAUAUCUUUCAUUGGUAACCCAAGAAUACGAAUGAGCUGGGAUGAUAUUGCUAGUGUAAGCACUGUUAAUUGCAAGACUUGAGAGCCGCUAUGGAAGGUGGCAGCUCAUGUUCUACCAGGCGUCCAUCCCGUAUGCUUUCUGAUGUUGAAUGUGGUGCGUGCGCAAGGAAGGAGCUCUGUCAGUCCUCGGAGCCUUCCUGUUGCAGUGAAGCUGUCCUGUGACGGUUACCACUUCCAGACUCAAGGGCUCGAUGGCAUUCCUUUGGGACUCUGGUGGUAGCACAUGUGCAGAUCUAGGAAGAAGUAACUUCAUACGGGCAGAAUUAAAGGAAAAUGUCUGAAUUUACUGGAAUGGAUGCAAUAAAAUGAGGAAAUGGUGCA